AUGUCUGGAUCAGUUUUUCCACACCAAAAAAAUGACCUUGAUUGUCAAGGUGAAAGUAAACUUGUAAUUCGGAGAGGUGCAUAUACUUCAACUUCGUGUGAUAUGUGUCGAAAAAGCCAUUGCAAGUGCUCAGGAGAGCCAAAAUGUGCAAGAUGUAUGAUCCUAAACCUUCUUUGUGUCUAUAACAAGUCUCCACGAAGACGCGGACCAAAACCUAAAGUAAGGAUUCAAAAAAUCAUAGCAAUGGAGAGCCUUAUUCAAGCAUUCGAUGGCCCAAGAAAAGAUUUAAUGAUAGAUUUGACAAAUUUGUUCAACAAGUUGGUUGGUGCUGAUUUGUUCAACAUGUUGGUUGGUGCCGGUUUAUAUCAUUUAGAAAGUCCGCCACCAAUUCAAAUUGAAGGGACCGCUUUGUCCUUAUAUAUCAACAACGCUUUCUAUAACAUGCCCACCGGAAUUAGUGAGAUUGAUUUAUUAGGUUCACAAAAUAUUCAAUCAUCAAUCAAGGAAAUUAUUGAUAAAUUCAUAAACAAGUUAAAAGAGAUUAUUAUUAAUAUCUCGACUGCUUAG